AGGCGUCGCCGCCGCCGCCGCCGCCGGAAGUUUGGUGUUUGUGCCGCGGGGCGGCGACGGCCGCGGCAGGAGCAGCUGAGUGUCGCGGGGUACCCGGAUGUGAGCAGCCUGCGGGCUCCGCGGAACGGCGGCCGCGCGGCGGGAAGGUGCUGUGUAAUGUGUUAAGAAGCGGUCUUAAGGAAUGGUUUUAUCAGAUUUUCUUGAGUUAUGGUGGCUGAAACAUCAGUUCUAUCUUGUGGGAAAAAAACUAAAUGGCAGCACACAAAGAAAUCUAUAUCAAUAGAGUACUUUACUAAGCGAAGGAGAUUAUCUAGAAGCCACAGACCAGCAAAGUUGGCAAACAAGGAAAGAAACCUGUUAGCCAUAAGACAUGUCACAAAUGCAGCAACGUCCAGUAGCUGUAGACUUCAGAAGAAAAACGUUCUCAGAAAUUUUGUCAAAGCAGACAGGUCAGUGAUAAAUAACUCCUCUAGUAAUAGGGUUAGUAAUUAAGCCCCAAACUAAAAGUAAUUAAAACAAAUUGGAUCUGAAUGAAGUUUAUUUUCAUUAAAAAAAUAAAGACUUCUGAAAAUAUUAAAUUAGAAUUUUCUUCAGAUUUCCAUUUCCGUAUCCAGCAGAGAGCAAAUUUCUUUCAGCAUUUAUGCCAGCUUUUCUCAUGUCUUAGGAAUUGCAGAGAGUAUCCUUACCUGAAACAACCUGGUAUUUUUGUUGGAAAUGUCCAUCAGUUAAAGUUAAAGUUGAUUUUUAAGAUCUACUCCUUAGUAAUAAUACUAAGUACUUAGCAUCUGCACCUUACCUGGACAUAGUCCUCAAAAACUCCUCAGAAAGGAAGACAUUACUCAGGAAUAAUGUCCAUUCAGGAGAAAUCAAAAGAAAAUUCUUCCAAAGUUACUAAAGAAAAUGAAGAUGAGAAUUUAGAACUAGCAAAUCAAAGUUCUCAAAACAGUCUAGCAAAGAAAUCAGGCUCCAAGGAAGCUGUAAAGGCACCAGUUAGAUCUUCCAACAAAAGCAAAACACAUGCGUCUGAGCUGGGAACACGAAUGAGCACAAGGUCAACGUCAGCAGCUGACAGAAAUGCAACUAAAUCCGUUAGUAAAAACGUGGUAGCUCUGAAGGGACCAUCACAAGACUCUACAAAAAAGAAGAAAUCAUGUCAGGAGUCAGCGCUUGGAACCUUCAAAGGAAAUGAACAGCUUAAUCGGAGAUCACAGAGACUACAACAGUUAGCAGAGUGUUCAACCAGGUCUUUGCGCAGUAGAGAGAUUCAGGGUCAAAUCCAAGCAGUUAAACAGAGCUUGCAACUGGCAAGACGAGAACAGUGUAGCAGUUCUCAAAGUAAAUCUAAUAAAGUUAAAGGUAGUCAGAAGCAUGUGAAAAGAAAGGUGCUUGAAGUAAAGUCUGAUUGUAAGGAGGACAGAAAUUCAGUUAUGAAUGAAGUGAUAAAUUCUCCCAAAGGAAAAAAGCGCAAAGUGCAGCAUCAGACAGCUUAUGCUUGCAGCCCUCAGUGCGCCCCCGCCUCUGAAGAAGGCCUCCAGAACAGCACUGUCGAAAAAGAAGGAAUAAAACCUGUGCCUCUAACUUGUGAGAUUAGGAAACUAAAAGCAGCUACUUCAGUGGUCUCUAAAAAGAAUGAACUGAGGAAAUUAGCUCAUACACAAGUGAAUAUUAGCACAAAAUUCCCCCAAAUUCCACUGCCGUUAGUGCCUGAACAAAGUACUGAUCAUGAAUUGGAGCAAGCUGGAAAGAGCAAACGAGGUAGCAUUCUCCAGCUAUGUGAAGAAAUUGCUGGUGAGAUUGAAUCAGAUACUGUAGAGGUAAAAAAGGAGUCGUCACACAUGGAAGGGGUGAAGGAGGAGAAGCCUGUGGAACAAGCGCGGGAAGGGACUGACGCUGAAGGACAAACACUCCCUCACAAGGAACCAGGCCAGGACGUGCAGUGCAAUCGUUUCUUUCCCAGUCGGAAGACAAAACCUGUCAAGUGUGUACUAAAUGGAAUAAGUAGCUCAACUAAGAAGAACUCCAGCUGGACGAAGAUUAAACUCUCAAAAGUUAACUCUGUGCAACAACAGAAAUUGGACUCUCAAGGAUCUCCUAAGUUGGGCUUAUUACAAACUGGCUUUUCACCACCAGUUUUAGAAAUGCCGCGUCCAGUGUCUCAGAGUGCAUUUGUAGAGAUGAAGCCACGUGGUGGUGUAACUUGCCAACAGGAUAAAGUGAAAGAAAUUAAAUCCGAAGAAGUUACAAUAAAUAAUAUUGCAAGUGAAAUUAAUAAAGCCACAGAAAGGGCUCCUGGAAAUUGUCAUUUGGAUAAUCAUAUUACACCCUCUCCUGACUCAACAUUGGAUAAUCAGACGAAACAUUCUUAUGAGUCAGCACCAGAUCAGAAUUUCAGUUUAUGUUCGGCGUCUAAAGUAGAGAAUAGCCCAUUAGAAAACACUGCUGCUGCCUCAACUCUUCCCAGUCAAGCAAAGAUUGAUGGAGACAGAAAAUUUCCAGGUUCGGCUCCUAAGCAGCAGCACAGUGCACUCAGCCAUGAAGCAUCAAUAAGCAGCAAGCACAGAUAUAUACCACCAAAUCAUUCUCAGCUUAAAUGUAAUUCUCAUUUGGAGAUAACAAUUCCAAAGGCCUUGAAACUGAAAGAAUCAGAGAAAGUGGAUGAAAAACAGCUGGUCAUAGAUGUAGGACACAAAAGAUUUGGAGCAGUGUCCUGUAAUAUCUGUGGAAUGCUUUAUACGGCUUCAAAUCCAGAAGAUGAGACCCAGCACCUGCUUUUCCACAACCAGUUCAUAAGUGCUGUAAAGUAUGUGGGCUGGAAAAAAGAAAGGAUUCUGGCUGAAUAUCCUGAUGGUAGGAUAAUAAUGGUUCUUCCUGAAGACCCAAAGUAUGCACUGAAAAAGGUUGAUGAGAUUAGAGAGAUGGUUGACAACGAUCUGGGUUUCCAGCAGGCGCCAUUAAUGUGCUACUCCAGAACUAAAACACUUCUCUUCAUUUCUAAUGACAAAAAAGUAGUCGGCUGCCUGAUAGCAGAGCAUAUCCAGUGGGGCUAUCGAGUUAUAGAAGAGAAGCUUCCAGUUAUCAGGUCAGAAGAAGAAAAAGUCCGGUUUGAAAGGCAAAAGGCCUGGUGCUGCUCAACCUCACCAGAGCCUGCGAUAUGUGGGAUCAGUCGAAUAUGGGUGUUCAGCAUGAUGCGGCGGAAGAAGAUAGCUUCUCGCAUGAUUGAAUGUCUGAGGAGUAACUUUAUUUAUGGCUCAUAUUUGAGUAAAGAAGAAAUAGCUUUCUCAGAUCCCACUCCUGAUGGAAAGCUGUUUGCGACACAGUACUGUGGCACCGGUCAGUUUCUGGUCUACAACUUCAUUAAUGGACAGAACACCACCUAACACCAAUCUUGCCUACUGUACCAGAAGACGUCUUUGAAGAGAAAGCAUUGGUUGCUGACUUUAACCAGGAACUAGGGCCAUUUUUACUACAGUGAACUCAGGACUGGUAACAACCAUAUGGUUGUUCCAUUUUCAUAAAAUUGGAAACAAUGCAGUAAUAGCUUAUUAUUGUUUUGUUUUUUAAAGAAGAUAUUUUAUUAUCUUUUACAGAAAUUUAUGAUUGUAUUUUAUCUAUAGUUAUUUAGACAUGUUUACAUGCAGCAGAUAAUUGUUCAUAGUGGACUGAAAAUUAAUGCAAGGACUAUGGUCUCAGUGAUAAGUAUAUUUUGAAGUUCUUAAUAUGGAAAUAUACCAGUGUAGCUUGGUACUGUAUUUUUUUAUAUUGAUCUGCUGAUGCCAGUUAUAGUUUAAAGAUUGUAUUUUCAGAGUGGAAGACAGCGUUUUUGAGUUAGUAUUCAAGGAGUAUCACAUACUUGAGAGCCUGAAGCCA